UCAGGCACGACAACGGGCAUCGGGUCACCAGGCAUCAGAUCAUUUGGCUCGCCAGUGGGCACCGAGUCAGCAGGCACGACAGUGGGCAUCAGGUCAUUUGGCUCGACAGCGGGCACCGCGUCAUCUGGCAAGGCAGUGGGCACCGAGUCACCAGGCACGACAGUGGGCUCUGAGUCAAUUGGCACGACAGCGGGCACUGGGUCAUCAGGUACCGGAUCGUCUGGAUCGACAGCGGGCAUCGGGUCACCAGGUAUGACAGCGGGCACUGGGUCACCAGGCAUCACAGCGGGCACUGGGUCAUCAGGCAUUGGAUCGUCUGGCUCGACAGCGGGCAUCGGGUCACCAGGUAUGACAGUGGGCUCCGAGUCACCAGGCAUGACCGCGGGCACUGGGUCAGACAUUGGAUCGUCUGGCUCGACAGCGGGCAUCGGGUCACCAGGCAUGACAGCGGGCACUGGGUCAUCAGGCAUUGGAUCGUCUGGCUCGACAGUGGGCACGGGGUCAUCAGGCGUGAUAGGAUCAUCAAGCUGGAUCAGUUCAUCAGGCUGGGUACAGGCAUCAGGCUGGAUACAGGCAUCAGGCUGAAGUGCGGGUGCCGAGGCACCAGGCUGAACCACGGAAGGCAGGUUCUCCGGUUUGGAUACUGGCAGGAUGGUACUGGUUGGAAAGAAUUUCCGCUUUUUUCUGGUUUUAACUACUGGGGCACUGCAAGUAAACGCAGGUCUGCAAACGAAUGGAGCAGCUGAGGACAGAGAAGAGCUGGAAGAUGGAACAGAGGAGGGAGCAGUUGCUACAGAGGACUUCUUUACAGGGUUAAAGAAAGGAUAGGUGCAGCGAGUGGGAGCAGAGGACUGGUAUGUGGUAGUUAG